CUCUCUGCUCUUCCCUGCGACCACGCCAUUCAAUCCAAUCCUUCAAUCCAGUCGCUGUUUUCGGAAGCCAUUGAUGGCUUCCUUGCUGUUUUCUUGCCUGUUUCUUGCGCUUUCUGUUGGUUCCUUUGCUGUUCCUGGUGGUAGAAUGGGUGGGAGCUUUUUCCCCUCUCCUCCUCCUCCUCCUCCUCCUCUUUCUUCUUCGUCUCCUCAUCCUUCUUCUAAUUCACUCUAUUCUUAUCAUUCCUGUUCUUCCUAUCCUGAAACUUCUAAACCAGGGGAUAGUUCCUGUUCUUCUUCUGGUGAAACUUCUAAUCCAUCAGGUUUCAAUUGGGCAUUUUUGGUAGUGCCUCUAAUUGCAGUUGUUGCUCUUGUCGCUGGUAUUUUCAUCAAGCAGAGGCCGGAUAGUAUGAUUCAUGUUUAUAAGCUGCAGAUUGCUUUAUUUUGUCGGCCAUGAUCAAUUUGAAGGGAGCUCAACCUGAUCGCUGAAACUGUUGACACAACUAAUCAAAUUGGGAUGAAAACCAUCGUGGCGGAGAGUUCUAUGGUUUUACUGCGACUGUUGGAUUACUGCAUUUAUGCUCACUCAUCUGUGGAUUCUAAGCAAACUACCGAGGAUGCAGAGAAAUCUUUCAUUGAACAUUCAAUUGAGGAACGAGUGAAAUUGGACGAAGAGACUCUUGUUAAUUUCAAUAACUUCAAGAAACAUGUACUUCUCAAUGAAACAACAAAUGAUCUGAAUGAGUACACAGUGGUCACAAUUCUGGUAGUUGUCGCGGGAUCUUUGAAACAACCUGUGCUCAACAAUAUCUUGGACUUGAAAGACGCCUUAAACAAGUUGUCUGCUAUUUCAAUCAGCCAAACUCUGGCUGCUGAGGUAAUGUGGACUCCCCAUAGUGAGAAGGACACAUUUUCUGAGUUAGAAAUGCUCGAGAGCUUUCCACUUUUGAAACCACUAGAUAAGAGAUACAAAGCGCUGACAAAAGAUGCCUUUUCAACAUACAAUAAUCCCAUUUUUGAAUGAUCCCAUUUUAACAUACAACUAUCCAAUUUUGAAUGAUCCCAUUUGAACAUACAAUUAGUCUUUAAUCCAGCAGAAAAUGAUCUUAGGAAACAAUUAGAUAUUUUCUUCUUUUGAUUUACAGUCUGCUAACACAAUAAACUUCAAAA